AUGUAUGAAUUCUGUCUCUUGGUCCAACCAGGCAAGGACGAAGCUGUUAUUAGUUGGUCAGACGAUCCAAUAGGACCAGCAGUAGAGAAACACAUUGUGAAAUACAGAAAAGCUGACGGUGAAGAUACGGAGUGGAUGACCAAAGAAGUCCAUGUCUUUUCCAGGAAUUCAGGAACUACAUUGACAAACCUAGCUCCAGACACAAAGUACGAACUUCAAGUUGUAGCCAUGAGUGAAGAGAAGGAGACCGCCGAUGGAACUGUAAUUAUCUUUACCACAAGUGGAACAGAAUUGACAAUUACAGAAUCACCAAAUCUGGUUACGGAGCUUCCGGUUCCCACCACCAGUGUAAACUCCGAUUCGCCAGUGAAAACUGCCAUUCGACCCGGUUCAACGCCAGUGGCUGGUGCAGUAAAAGAUUCUGGUGGUUUUGUGGUGGAACCAUGGCUGAUUAUCAUGAUCUGUAUUAUUCUUCUUCUGUUGAUUAUAUUGCUCAUCCUGUGUUAUGUCAGAAGUCAGAAAGGUGGAAAAUACAAUGUGUCUGAUAAGGAGGAUAAAUUGAGGGGUGAUCCUGAGUCUGCGCCUCUGAAAGAUGAUGAAGGGGGCUUUGAAGAGUACAAACCAAAGGGUCCUGAGAACAGCCAGCCAUUGCCGGAACCGGUGGAGGAAGAGAGUAGCGAUGAGGAUAGCUUAGCCGGUUAUGCAGACGGCAUCACCGGUAAUUUUGAUGAAGACGGCUCUUUUAUUGGACAGUAUAGUGACAAGAGGAAGAAAGCAGAAGAAGCAGCGGAAAAUAAUGCAAUGCAGAGUCUGGUCUGAUGACGACUACCGUAGUUGUAUAGAAGGCUAUGUUAUAAUUUGAACUUACUGUUUAUUUGGAUCAAAGUUUACAGCGGUCUGGCUUCGGCAUUUAGAUUUCUGUUGGACAAUUUUGUUUGAGUUACUGCAAGAAUUUGAACUGACAUAUCUGGAAAGAGUUUAUGCGAUUUUUUGUUUAUAUUUGAAGUUUGAAAACGUUUGUGAGGUUGUUGUAAUUUUUAAGGAUAAGAUCAUGUUUGAAUGCUUUUACCAUUAAACAGUAUGUAGGUAUGUACAGUGUUACACUUCAUCCAAAGUUUGUUAAGCGAGUUUCUUUGCUCUCCAAGUUUAUGGAAAUGAGUUUUUGUUAGUGAUAUUGGAUUUGCCAAAACUUUUAAUUUGCAUAUACUGAUAAUUAUUUAUUGAAGUGUGAUUUUAUUUACCUGUAAACAGUUUUAUGUUUGUUUUGUGUGGUGAGAUGAAGAAUAGAUAAAGACCAAGAUGUAGUCACAAGUAGGCAUAUAUUUCAAGAUGAUUGUUGAAUUAAUCUUGAAUUUGUGCCUUAUUAAGAAAUCUAAAGUCUCAUGCACUUUACUUGAUAGUGCAGAUAUAUUAACAGUGUGUGCUCCAUACAUACAUACAUGGUAUAAGUAAUGAAAUAAAAAGGGGUCUUAAUGGAAACCUCAAUAAGAUACAUAACGGAGUGGAGCUGUAAAUUGGUGGUUAACAUUCUUGCCUUCCAGUCUCUUGAGUCCUGAGUUAAAAUUCUACCAAAACCAGGGUUUUUCUGAGAACUAAAAAUAACUUUGCUCCUACGCUUGAUUAAACAUAGUUUAUAGAGCAUUCACGUCCAUCCUGUGAGUGGCGAGAAAUUCGCUAUUGAAUGAAAAUGAAAUAUGAAUAAUCCAUCCCAGAAGAUAAAUAUUUAGAUAUUUGUCUUUUUCUAAAUAAUAUUAACAAAAUGGGAUGAUGAUUUGUCUUUUAUUGUAUAAUCCCAUAGCAUUAGCUAUAUUAUUUAAACUUGGUCCAUUCCCAUUGGAAACAAUUUUUGGUAUUUCAAUCUCUUGGGGUUUAACAUUCCAAGAAGUUUCAAAUUCUGUAAAUGAAUUUAUGAAUUCUCUUUCAUUUUCAUCUAAAUGCAAUGACAUGUGUCCAGAAAAGCUAACAUGCUGUAACGCUACUAGAAAUGAAUGAUUUGCACUAAAUGAAGUUGCAUCCAAACUCUUUAUAAUGCACAUAUUUUAUUUUAGUUGUUAUUUUAAUUCAAACUUUUUAAAGAUUUUUUUUUUUUAAUUCUUAAUUAAGUUAAAUAUAAAAUAACAUUUUAGAAGCAACUUGAAGUGUAGAUAUGGCAAUUUUGUAUGAUAGUUUUAAAUAUAAAUUACUAUUUUAGUUGAUGAAUAAAUUAAAUGUUUUAAGCUAUGAUGUAUUGAUGGUGAUACCAUUAUUUUAAUGAGGGAAACCUUUUUAAAAAAUUCAUAUACUUGUACAAAAUUUCUUAUAUAAAAAUGAUCUCUUGUUUAUUAUAUUACCAUGAUAUUUGGAUCCAUAAGAAAUUUCCUUUUGUUCACAAUACAUAUAUUAUAUAAAUAUAUAUAUAUAUAAUCAUCAUAUAAAUAUAUAUUAUAUAAAUAUAUCUUAUUUCAUGGGAAAUUAUUUUGUAUUUAUUUAAACUACAUUGAUUGCUUGUUAAAAUGUUUAUUGUGAUAUGUGUAAUCAAUAAUGUUAGGACUCCUAGCAUAGUUUUAAUCUUUCCUCCAUCCCAUUAACCUAAAAAUAAUCACCAAAUUGUUAUAUUAUCAUAUGUCCAUAUUUGUGUGUCAUAUGUCUUCAUGCCAAUAUAUAGGCAAAUUUUUCACAUAAAAUUUAAUAUUGUGGAUAGUGCUUUACCUAGAAAAGUAUAACCAAAUUAUUUUUCUAAAUUAUUGAGACAUUUGAAAUUUGAACCCUCUAAGGACAAUUGAAAAUAUAAUGAUGAGACUAGAAGUACAGACUGUAAGAUAAGUACAGAAUAUAAGAUAAGUGAAUUGCUUUCGCUUUCAAUGUAGAAUCUUAUGUGAAGAUUGGCAUCCUUUAUCUGCAAGGGUUACCCUCACAAUAUUUUGUUCAAAGAAAAAGACAUGAUGUCCCAGAAAGUGACCUUUCAUGAGGUGGCACUAGACAGACCAAUCUUAUUUGUUGAUUACAGGUCAAGCAUUUUAUCCUCUAAAAAGAUAUUGAAUUAAGUAUUUGAUAGCUUGUAAAAUCCAUGCCCCAUGCUUUUUUUAACCACUGCACCUAACUUCACCAUUUAUUAUGAUGAAAUAUAACUUCUUAUAACUAAUUAAGUUCUGCCAAUUCACAUUGUAUGAAUUAUGUACACAAUAAAUGUUGUAAUACCAGAGUUGAUACAAUACUUGCGUCAUUUUAGAUAGUAACAGUUGUAUAUAUUGCAAUUAUACACAAUUAUGAAGACCACUUGAUGUCCAAUGGUAAUAAUCAUAAUAACAAUUAAUUGCUUUGUAGAAUUGUUUGUAGGAUAUACAAUUAUAAUGGAUUGUGUGUAUUGAUUUAUUUAUAGGCCACACGCAUUCGUUGUUAUACCAAAGUGUUUCAAAAGUUUAUCGAAAAAUUUAUAAAAGUGGAAUAUGUUUAUUUUGUAGAAUAGAACCGUAAUGUAUAGAGAUUUGAUUUGAAAAUGAAUGAAAACCUUGUGAUAGGUGGAACCUAAUAAGUAUUGGCAGUGGCGUAACGCCUAUAUGAGCUGUCACUGGCCAAGCUCACGGGCCCUGGACCAUAAGGGGCCAAGGAUAUUAUAUGCCAUUUUCCACUAGGGCCUUGUGCAGUCCCCAGGGUAAGAAGACCUGAAGAAGCUUUAGUCAGUGCUCUGUUACACCACUCAAUAUUGGAGGCUAAUGGUCAUCUGUUUGUUCAACUUUUCUAUCUGCGUGUCCAUUCCGUAAGACUUGUUUCAAAGAAGGCAGGAAGAAAUUUACAAUUGAACUAUUAUUAUAAGAAAGCAUUCGAAAUAUUACUUUUGGUCAAUAUCAUUGGUAGUAUUUUUGGAAGUAUGUUUCAGAAAAAUAAACAUUCUGAAUUUUAUGGACAUUUAAUUGGACGUUGCAAGUGGUAAGGUUUGUAGUGUAAUUUUCUCUUGUUUUUCAUUAAUUAUUUAAGAGUAUUGUUAUAAUCUUUCUUGGUCACAUUUCCAUGUAUUUACAAUGUUAAUUCCUACUCGACAGCAUGCUAUAUGUGAUUCUUAAUCCAACUCUCAUUAACUACUGUAAAAUGUAAUUGCUCAAGUUUUUCUAGACAUAUAUUGAUGUCAAAGAUAAACAGUUUAGAAAACUAUAUUUGCACGGCAAAGAGUAUUAUUGGAAAAAUAGUAACUGUCAUUAAACUUUCUCAUUUAUUAAAAUUAAUAAAACCCUCCAAAAAACAAUUAGGCAAAUAUGCACUUGGAAGUUCAUUUAAAAUGCAAAUAAUAUAAUUUUCUGUAUUACAAAAAAAAAAUUGAAUUAAAACACAUUUUAGUUGCUGGUUUCAAAAUGAUGUAGAUAUUUACUAAAGCAAUUAACUACUAAAUCCAGGGGUUGUGAACAAAGAAUUUUUCUGAAAGAAGUAUAUUUUCCUAGAUUUUUGAAAGUAAUAACUCUGUUAACUUACUGCCGAAUUUUACAUAUGAAAGACAAAAUAUUUGAGGACACGAUGCAUUUUUGACGAUACUCUUCGCCAGUACAAGCUACACUUAAACCUCAGUCUCAAUGAUUAUAACAUUUAUGAGAUAUUAAGUGUUUAUAACUCCUAUAUACAUUUAUAGUACAUGUUGUUAGUAUUCGAAAAAAUGUUCUUGAAUAAAAUAAGUGUGUUGGUAAUAA